GCCGUUCGUUCGCCGCAUUUCUGUAGCUAUGUCGCGCGUGUGUGUCCGCGUCUACAUUAUAUGUCUGUGUGCGGCGGUUGUGCUAAGUGUCCAUGUGGCUAAAGAAUAUGUCUGCCAAGAUCCAGAUACGGGAACUCUUCAUGAACUCAACACGACUUGGCGAUCUACCACUUUCUGCGGAAAUUAUACGUGUAAAAUUAGAAGAAUAAACACUGGUCAACAACCAUCUAAAGUGUUUGUGAGUCUAUUCAACCAACAAGCCAGGGCUAAUCCUAAUAAUCAAACAAAUGGAUUAAGUCUGACAAAAAUCUUACCAGAACUCACUAAGGAUAAUGACAGAUUUUUAAAUAAAGCAGAAAUUCAGAAAAUUACAGAACUAUUGCAUUCAGUGAAGAAGAGUGACUUGCAAGCUGUUAUAGAACUGUAUAAUGUAGCUCAAGAAAUGUAUAAGGAUAUAAAAGUGGCUGACGAUUUAGAUAACAAAGCGAGUGAAGCAGUGUCAGGGGAAUCUAGAGAAAGUAGUCAACAUAAAACUUAUUGGUAUGAACCUAAUGAUGAACAUAGAAAGGUAGCUGAUAUGAAACCAGAAGGCUCUGAAAUUGAAGGAUCGGCCCUGUAUUCACCUAGUCCAUAUCCGAAUGCGCUACGACAACCGUACUAUUACUCGCAAGGUCGAAGUAACUAUCCCAGUUACUUUCCCGGAUCGUUGUUUAAUAAUGACGGUAGAGUGCGUUAUCCUAAUCUACCGAUGAAUCAGCAAGGCGUGGCAUAUUACCAACAGAGAAAUAUUUAUGAUGGUCCUGGGCCAACACCACAGAGUUCCUGUAACCCCUGCGUUCGACCAUAUCAGUAUCAACCAAUGCCCAUGCCCGCAAACUAUCCUCCACGAUCCACUAGUAAUACGUAUCCGUAUUUUCUAACAUACAACUAUACUAGCCAAGGCUACAACAAUUAUUACAAAGGAAAUCCUUGGGCAUAUUAUGAUUAUUAUAGAAAUCUUCCACAUCCGAAACCUUCACACAUUCAAAGGAAUCCGAACGUAUUAGAACAAAAACAGUACAGUACAGACGAAAACAGUAUUAAUGCUGAAAUCAAAAAUGAACAAUCAUGGCAAACUGAUCCUUUGCCUGAAGACGUUAUCAAUGAAAUCAGAGCAAAUAUAGCGCAGCGUGGUAAAUUAAUAAAUAUACCAUUGAAAAAGAGAAUAAAAUUAGAACGAGCUGCUAAAGUAAUUAAAAUAGAUCAGAAUAAUAGACAAACGAGGUCAAUACCAAAGGAAAAUAGUGAAGAAAAACAUUCAAGAGAAAGUGAGAUAAGUCAGAAGACUAUAGAAGAAUCAAAAAGUCAUGAGAAUACAGAAGAAAUGGAAACGUAUAUCGAAAAAGUAACGUGCGAGCCAACGACAGAACUUGGUUACUUCAAGAUGGGUAACAUGAAUAAAACUUUUCCUGAGUGCUGCCCUCAAAAAAUAGAAGAUAAACAAAAAUUUUAUUUGAGAUCAAAUCUUUGA